GACCAGAGGCUCCAUGGGGCCCCUUCCAUGCUAUCAUCCCAAGGUGGGGAGCCCGGCAGAGACAGUUUCCCACCCCUCUUGCAGGCCUCGUUGAUCUCGCAGGAGCAGGGUUAGGCGUGGAAUGUGUUCGUUCUGUGCCGUGAAAUGGUUGCUGCUGUUAGGUGGAGCACCGACUCCUACAUAUCAGUGUUGACAGCUCAUAGGUACUGAAGAAGCUGACUUCUUUUGUUUCCCUCGCCAAGAUGCCCAGCGAGAGCCUCCAGAGUAGCAGUGGGGUGGUGGAGGAGCCUGCCUUAAGGGAGGGUAAGGGUGGGGCACAGAGCCCUCACUGCAACUCCUUGCGCAGGGCUGUAGCUACUGCAGUGACCUUCGAUGGAGAAGCCACCACCGAGAGACGGAAGAAGAGGAAGAAGGAGUCCCGCCCAGAAUCGAUCAUCGUCUACCGAUCGGGGAACGAGAACAAGGUGGAUGAAGAACAGGUGGAGGAGGAUGGGGGCGAGAGAAGCUCAGAGGAAGGUUCCAAGUUCUUGGGACACUCUGCCGAUGGUUCUUGGGCCAUGCCAUUAGAUAGCAGAUACGUUACUUUAACUGGCACCAUCACAAGAGGAAAGAAGAAAGGCCAGAUGGUGGAUAUUCAUGUUACACUCACUGACAAGGAGCUGCAAGAACUGGCCAGGUCGAAAGAGCCUCCCAAAACGGACAUCCCUGAAGGGAAAAAAGCUUGUGAGGUUGGGCUUUCUAAAGGCCCCCAUGUCCUUCUCUGGAGCCUCACCUGUCUCCCCGUCAUCUUCAUCAUGUCCUUUGUGGUGUCCUUUUACUAUGGCACCAUUGCUUGGUACAAUGUCUUCCUGGUCUACAACGAAGAGAGGACCUUCUGGCACAAGAUCACCUUCUGCCCUUUCCUAAUUAUCUUCUACCCCAUCAUCAUCAUGGUGGUGUCCUUCUCUUUGGGCCUCUACACAGCAGUGACACAGAUCUCGUGGGCCUUUGGGGAUUGGUGGCAUGCCGUGAGGGAUAUGGAGAAAGGAUUCUGUGGCUGGCUGUGUAGCAAGAUGGGCCUGGAAGACUGUUCCCCGUACAGCAUUGUUGAGCUACUAGAUUCUGACAAUGUCUCCGGGAGCUUGUCAGCCAAAGGCUCAGCCCAAGGUGAAGAGAUUUCAGCUGUCUGAGCCUUUGCUUUAAGUGUCUCUAACUUUUCAUGUUCACUUGCAUUGCAGAUGUACUUCGGGAGGCAUGCACGUACAGUGGUACCUCAGGUUAAGUACUUAAUUCGUUCCUUAACCUGAAACUCUUCUUAACCUGAAGCAUCACUUUAGCUAAUGGGGCCUCCCGCUGCUGCCGCCGGAGCACAAUUUCUGUUCUCAUCCUGAAGCAAUGUUCUUAGCCCGAGGUACUAUUUCUGGGUUAGCGGAGUCCGUAACCUGAAGUGUCUGUAACCUGGAGCGUAUGUAACCUGAGGUACCACUGUACAGUCGAGUCUUAGGGAAAAAAGCCAAUUCAAACAUUUGGAGUGGGGCAUGGGGAGAAAAGGGGGACAGUCCUUCCUAAAUGGUACCACUUCAAAACCAAGGGGUGAUUACAAGUUUUAAUACAUUCCCCACCCUGCCCCCAUCAAAAAUCUUCUUCUUGUGAAAAGCUAAAGUGUUCAAGGAAAGUUCCAGCCUAGCUGUGUUUUUGAUUUCCUAUUAUGUCUGACCCACCCAGACCCAGUUUACACCACUCCAGGCUACAGAUGAAGGGUCGCCUGUUUGAAUACAUUAAAUGUCUUCCUGUACAUUCAAAAGCAGCACAUAAUUGAGAAGAGUAAACUCUUCUGACAUGUCUCUCCUGUGUGUGUAGGAAUUUGUUUUUUUUGUGCGAUAACAUCCAACCCUCAUUCCCUAUCCACUGCCUGAUAUGGUUCAGCCCAGGUACAGCUUUGCCACUCAAGUCCACUGAUUGUACACACUGGCAUUUAGAUUCUCAAGCGAAUAUGAAGUGCCAAUGUUCUGGGUGAAGAAUCUCCCAUUCUUUAUAAGAUGACCAUUCAUGACUGGCUACUAAUAUUGCUGAUCUGAUCAGUGCUCUCUGUUGUGUUUUAUUAAAGCGCACAGUUUAGUGACAAAAAGUCUGCUGUUUGGCAGGGGGUGUUGCUUGGUUGGGAGAGGCGGGGAAAUAAUAAAAUUUGCCCCCAAACAUUUUUAUUUUGCAAACUGGAUCUUCCAGUGUGAAGACACAGAUGCAAUCUUCCACUUGAUGCCUGCCUUCCUUGUGUUGAAAAGCAGGAGCUAACAGGUGCUAUGGAUAAUGACUGCAAUCUGAAAUGCACCAAGUAUGUUGCAUUAAGACAGGGCCCAGGGACAACUACCCAUAGCCUGUGAUUCUGUAGGACACUGUCUUAAAAACUAGAGUCCCAAGAACUGUCUCUAGGGAAAGAAGCGAGGAACCUGAACCCUCCAAGCCCUGUCAGUCCCUUCCUUAUUUUACCUGACCCCCAAAGAGUUUUUCAGUGGCUUGUCCCCCCCCCCCCAUUUAGUCACCACAAAUUUUAAAUCUAUGUAAUGUUUGUUAAAAGGUGUUAACUCUAGUGUCUAGUUUAGCCAAGCUGAAUUAGAAGUUUUCCUUAAUAUAAUAUAAUGGAAUGGGGUGGGGGUGGGGAACCUGUACAAAAAAGAUGCACGUGUAAAUCAAGUUGUAUGUUUGUGUAACUGAUUAGCACAAGCCUUAUUGAUUGCACAGAUUAUAUAAUGGGGGAGAGGGAAUUGAUAUCAUAAAUGCUACAAUAGAGUGCUCUUUCUUACUGUUUGUGUAGGGCAGAUACUGUGGUAUUUGGGGCUGGUAAUUACACAGCACCUACAUAAAUGUUCUGUUUUCUACUAUGCAUUCUUGGGCUUUCUUGCUCCUUAGUCUACUGCAGUUUUCCCCAACCCAGGUGCCAUCCAGAUGUUGCUGGGCUCUUCCCUUUCAUCAGCCUCAACCGAUAUGGUUGCUGGAGUCCAGAGCAUUUGGAGACCACCAGUUUGGGGAGGCCUGAUCUGUUGACCCCUGUGGGAUAAGCAAGGUUGAGCCCAAGUGCUGGUGCUAUUUGUAUUUGCCUUUGGUAUGCCUUUCUGAGCUGUAGUGUCUUCUCUUAUCACAAGCUUUAGUCGCCUAAUGCUGCAAAGUGUCUGUAAAGCUUACUAACUUUAUUAAAAGCCAUGCUAUAGUUGAAAAGCACAAUGUAAUUUCCUUCCUCCACUCACAAUGUAUGCUGAUUGUCUGCCAUUGGGUGUGUUCAGAUAUAACACUAUUUGAGGAGUGGUGCCUUUUGGAAAGUAUGUUUGUCACAUUCUGUUCAAAUAAACUUAUUUUCUUUCCUGAUCAACCUGGGGCGGGGGGGGGGGGGGCGACAAUUCUGCAAUUUUGUAUCAUAAGGUGUCUGCGCACAGCACUGACUGGCUGAUACCAGUGACAUUAUCAAUCCAUUCCUCCCCUGUCCAGAGCAGUUUUGCAACUUCAAAAAGACCUUUUUUUUAAAAAAAAGGUGACCAGGAACACUUAAAAUCACAAAUGUAUAUUAAGUUUUAAUAAAUAAUUCUUUAACAGGUCAACAACCUGCCCAAGACAUGGCAGGAGGAGGUGCAAGACUGAUGACUAAAUCUGUGUUUUAGUCAUUGAUAUGUGCACCCAUCAUUUUAUAUUAGAAGUGGGAAGAAUGUAUCUCAGGAUCUACUGGUGGAGCUCUAGAUAAGUUGCAAUAGUUCCCUGUACCACCCACCCUGGUAAAUUAGGCUGCAGAAAGGGAUACCUUUGGAAAACCAGGACUGGAUUUAGUGUGAAAGGCUUGUGAGCUCAGUUCUAUUACAUUAAUCGCAAUGUCUUGAUUGGGUAUGUGCUGAGAAGUAGACUUAAUUCUCCUUGCAUGUUCACUCUCACUUUUGGCUCUGGUUGGUGCAUCUUGAGGUUCUAGUAAAAACGAAAGUAGAUCAUGCAAGGUCGAAGGCUGCCCACCUCUGAUUUACAGUGUGGCUGAAGUCAGGGUAAAUUCUGUGGUGGCUCCUGCUUUAAUGAUACAUCUGUAGGCACCCACUGUUAACUUGCUGGACUUCCCCAAAGAGGCUUCCUAGCUGAAUGUGUCUAGUUACUCCCAUGUUUGUAUUGGGGGAUUUAAAUACUUUCCCCCUAAUAUUUAUUUAUAUAUUUCUGUCCCGCCUUGAUCUUUGGCCUCAAAUGUGUACCCUUUCCCCUUUCCUUCCUUGACUUAUAUUAAAGUGCUAUGGAUGUUGA